AUGGUGAAUGCAUACACUGAUUAUAACUAUGACUUUAAAGUUGAUCCUACUUUAUUUGAAGACACCAUUCUCAAUUUAAACGAAUAUUUACCUGGUUCUUUAAAUGAGUUCAACAUUCAAAAUGUAUUCAAGAUUCGUGAUCCAAAGAGAUUGAAAACCCAUGAUUAUUACCUCGAUGUUAAUAAUAGAUUGGACUUAUAUAAUGGUGAGUUACCAUCCCUUUUUUAUGAUACAUCUAUAAAACUAACUGGAUAUCUGAUAGCUAUUCCUGUUAUUAAACGAGAGUUUUGUGUAUCAGUAAAAAGAUUAGACUCCAAAAUUGUUGAGAAGCUUGAAUUAAAGAAAGGUGAAAGACCAAAGUAUUUGUUUUCAUUGUGGAAGAUAUAUUGUGCUGCAAAUAUUGUUGAUGACGAACUCCCAAAUGAGCUACCAAUGACUGCUGGUGGUCAUAUAGAUACCAAUUCAAUAUUCAGAAGAUCCUUUAAGACUAUUUGUUUCAAACCUAAACCUGAACAAAUAAAGGAUGAUGAAUUUGCUAAGAAUAUUGAUGAAAUAGAAUUGUUUAUUGAAUUUUCAUUAAACAAAUUGGAAGAAGACAUUGCCGUGGAAAAAUUAGGCAACUUACUUGAUACCUUUUCCAUCCUCCUUGAAUAUACUUCUGAAGCUCAAUAUCACAAACUUAAGUUAAAUAAAAAAGAUGAGGAAAAAAUGAGACAAGACGCCAUGAAAGAGUUAAUCAUAUCACCAAUAACCAACUUCUUUAAUUCGCUAGUAUUGAUUCAUUCUAGAAUGAGAUUCAAGGAUGUUAUGGCUCAAAAAAUCAAGAAGAAAAGACCAAGUGAUAUCUGGAAAGCUCAUGUUGCUGAUAAUGAAAAAUUUCCCCAAGAGCUUCUGGAUCGUAUAAUGUUUCAAAAUUGUCGCCCAGAUAUCCCUAUAACGCUCCGUGUCGAAGAUGGUUUAAUACCUAUAGCAGGAAUUGAAAUGAAAGAUCAAGAUGCGUCCGGUGCUCUUGAAUUACUCAAGGAUAAUACUGAUAAUAUUUCCAAGUUUUCGACAGUCUUUUCCCAGAUGUUAGAAUACCAGAUACACCUAAAAUUUAAUACAUUCAUAUUAAGUAAUUUCAGUAAGAGCAUAUAUUUUGAGUACCCAUUAAUGAAAGGUGGUACAUGGGAGAAGGGUGAUAAUGUUGAUAAUGAGGUUAAUUUUGAGGGUGUACCAUUCAAAUACAAACCAUUUGAAAAUAGUGGCAAUUGUCCAACCCAUAAUUCUAUGCAGUUUCAGCUUUUAAUGUUUUUAAAAUAUUAUGACGCUAUUAGAAGAACAUUACCUACAGACGAUUGGUUAAAGAACUCCAAUGGUGAAUAUAUACUUGAUAAAGAAUCAUACAGACUAAUGGAUGAAGGUUGGAAACCGGAUCUUUUUUCUCAAUUUAUUAUAUCAUUAUUUAGAAAUGGGUUCAAAAAAAAAGUUGCAAUGGUUAAAAUGGAUAAGCUUCCAGAGGAAACAACUAAAAGCACAUUGGAAUUUCCAGCUGAAGAUUUUGAGAAGAAAAAUGGAUUAAGAGGAAGUACCCCAAAAAGGUUAAAAGUUAAAAAGGAAUCAUCUAAUGCUACAUCACCAUCUGUAUCUACUACAGAUGGAAGUGACGUGAAUUUUGAUUUGACGAAGUUGUUCCCAACCAAUGCUAGUCUGGAAGUUUCAAAUUACAAUUUAUUGAGUGAAUUUUCAAAUAGUAGAGGUACAAAACUUAUAAUUGAAGGCAGUGAUAUAUUUAAAACUAAUACAAAUAUUUCGAAUAAAGUGUUCUUCAAAAUGUUUGAUCUGGUAAACUUACAAAGUCUUCAUAAUUAUAUUAAUACUGCCGGUAUGCCACGUUCUGAAGAAAAAUUACAGAAGUUUACUAAAUCAGAAAUUCAUAUACUGGCAUCACUAGCAGGUCAAUCCACUUAUUUUGCUGACAUCAAGGAGACUUUAAUAGAGUGUUAUAUAACAGAAGUCACAGCUUUGAAAAGGAUUAAAAAAUGGAAUUCAACACAUGGUCCUGAUGAACAAAUUAAUUCACCUAAAUUGCUACAAUAUGGUUGGGCUUAUCUUGAACUGUCAUCAGAAGGUCAAUCGGGAUAUUCUUAUUUGGGACCAUUCAUUUGUACCGACUACCUUGAGUUUAUCAGUGAUAACACAUAUAAAGAUAAUCCAGAACGUGUUGAAAGCUUCAUGAAGCAAAAGAAACUUCUUUCAAGUGCUGGAAUUGAACACAACGAUAUUAAAGAGGACAAUUUUUGCUUUGAUAAAUUCGACCAAGCUUAUUUUGUUGAUUUUGAUCAAAGUGUCAUUGAUGAUAAUCUAAUUUAUCUUGAGAAAUAUGAUCUUCAAAGACUUUGA